CCGAACCGGAAACAGGCCGCGCGCGGCUUCACCGUCGAACACCGUCGUCCUCGUCAUGUCCCUCGCGGUGGUAGCCCCGCAUCGCGCGCCCUCCAUCGACCCCGCGCUCCGCGCGUUCCUCGCGGAGUGCCUCGACGGCACCGACGUCGAUGGCGACAUCGGGGAGGUUCGAUCGGUCGACGUUCCGGACCUGCCGCGCGCGCUGUCCUUCGACGACGCGGACGUGGACCUCUCCGGGAUCUGCGCCUGGCUCGAGGGUGACGUCGGGCUAGCGACGAACGACGACGACGACGACGACGACGACGACGACGACGACGCGCGCGCGCUCGCGUCGACCACCCCGCGCGCGUCCUCGACGUCGAAGAAACGCGCGCCACCGGGUUCGCUCGAGCACGACUCGGUUCGCGCCCCCCCCGCGCGCACGUCGGGCGACAAGCGGGGCAGGCGAGGCGCGCCGGCGACGCCGUCCCGCCGCGACGAACUCACCGACCGCGGCUCCGUCGAGUACUCCGAUCCAAACUCCGACCCGAGCUCUGUGGAAACAAACUCCGAAGGCGGCGACCCUUCAAAGGAGGCUCGGCUGCGACGCAACCGCGCGUCCGCCGCGCUGAGCCGCCAGCGCAAGCGUUUGGAGCUCGUGCACCUGCGACGUAGGUGCGCGGAGCUUGAGCGCGCGGUGGCGCACUUUCAGUACGUCGCGCAGUGCGCCUCGGCCGAGAACGUCGACUUGCGCCGGCGCGUCGACGGCGUGACCGACGAGGUCGCCGGAUCGAACCCCGUCGUCGCCGCCGUGAACCCCGUGACGCGCCUUCCGAUCCCUCGGAUGGCGCCGAUUCAUUCGAGCACGACGCGGGGGCGAAGGACGGGUGCCGCGGACACAGGGGCGGGUCACGCGGACAUCGACGGGGAGGACCGGGGCGGGGCGCUGAGCGGAGCGCCAACCGGGACGGGGUGUAUAGGCGAAGAACCCUUCGGCGCGGACGACGCGGCGUAUACCUUAUGCGAUAUGCCACGCGUGGAGUCGCGUCGACGCCGAGGGGCAGCCUCGCGGAGUAGGCGACGGGUUGAAUGCGGGGUUUGGUGCCGGCCGACACAGCUGGCGCACGGCUGGCGGGGAUGUCGACGAGCAGAACGAGGGGGACGCGAGACGAGGCUGCGCGCGACGGGAUCGGUCCCGAACGCGCCGCGCCGCGCCGCUCUCCCUCUUCGCCGUCGACUUCACCGCCGCGUCGCCCACCCGGUCCCUGCGCGCCUCGUUUACUCUCGCAUCGAACGCCUAAAUAAACCCGCGGUCCUCGCCGGCGUGGUCUCGGUCGUGAAGACGGCGCAAGUCGAUUAGAUUGGACUUUUUGUUAUUGACAACGCGCGGUGACCCCGCCGCUGGUGUUCUAGGGUCUGUGCAUCUUCUCUAUGUUGGUGCUAUAGUGUGUUUGUUGCUAAAGUCGCCGUGAUGUCUAAGUUUGCGACUCCGAUGCGUGCGAGCUGCCCUGCGGUGUUAUGCUGCAAAAGAUUCCCCGAAAUAAAAUAUGAAUGUUCUUCGCCGGAGGUGGCCGGUGAUGUUGGCCCCCAGCGAGUACCCUGGUUGUUUUACAAGUACCCAUGUGUGUUUCCUCAGCCCCGGCGGCGGAGCUUCCAUUUGCCAAAGUAUUCCAUUUGUCAAACAGUAAAUAAUAGUGUGUCCGGACGUGACGCGCGAGCUGUAAUCCCGCGAGCGCGACCGGAAAAGAAUGUCUGUCCCCAACCCUUGAUUCCCCAUGCGUCUUUGUGUGCGUUUUGUACAUGUUCCGACGACGCCGCGACGAACGAACGAAAGAGUGAUAGUAGUGUACCGCCGUGAACGGCUGCGGCCGAGCCCGACGACGCGAUAAUAUUCGCCGUCGGUAUCCUCUCUUCGCGUAAGGUGAGAUUUACUCACCCUCACGCGUAGAGUUCGGGGGGAAACGAUUUCAUCCCCGCGCCAGCCGCCACCACGCUCGUCUCGUACGUAACCGCGGCGCUGUACAGCAUGGCGAGCAGGUCCAAACCCCCGCCGUUGCCAUACCCGGACCCGCUCGAUGACGUGUCGUUUUCCAAUUGGACGCCGCCCUUGUUGCCGCCUUUUUCCAUCGCGGAUCGGCGCCUCUUUGCGACGGGGGCGCCGAGCACCG